AUGAAAUUUGGUUAUGAUAAUACUUUGAAUUUUACAAGUAAUGAUAAUAUGAAAGGAUAUAAUAAAUCUGUUAAAAGCAACAAUAAUUCAACAAAUAAUAAUAUGCUAUUGGAUAAUUCUGAACAACUGAUAAAUCCAACUUAUGUAAAUCUAUCAUGGAAACAGCUACUUCAAACAUGGUCAACACUUUGGCAAGGCAACAAGGAUCUCAAUCAAAUAUGA